CCCAAGGACAGUGCGUGCUCUAUGGCGCAUACCGCAUGUGGCAGAGGUGGACGUGCUGGGGCCGGGACGGGCAGGAAAGGGAAAGGACGAGGGGAGCGAGAGAGAGGGCAAAGACCACCGAGCAUCGGGCCAAGCCCGGGACAGUGAGGGACUGAUCCGGGCCACAGAGUGAUUCUAAAAACUGAGGCGAGAGCAACUUGGCGGAGCGAGUGCGGCCUCGCGAUCGCAAGGCAGUGAGAGAAAGAGAUCAGGUUUCGCGAGACGAGGAGCAUUUUCGGCCUGCCAAAUCCGUCCUCGUGACGUCUGGGCAAAAAGUAAUAAUCCACCUCGUUCUCGACCCGCUUGGCACCGAACUGAUUGUCUUGCUCGAAGAGUUCCUUGGUCCUUCCGUGCGCAUGUCCGUGAGAGGAGGGGGCCCAUCGAGACUAGAGCACAGUUGAAGGAUCGGGAGUCAUCGUAGAGGGCAACGUGAAAGUAGGGCAGAAAAUUCUGGGAAGGGAGGAGGGAGGUUAGUCGUUGUUGCCGUGUUUGCACGUCGCAGCCCGCUAAAUUCAUGACGGCUAUGCCUUGUUGCCAGCGGCCUGUGGUCGGCUGGGCCUUGGCGAUCUCUCUCGGCACCCGCUUUCGCCUUCCUUCUACCGUCAUCUCCAGCUUGCCUACGGGAAUUAGGCAAUCUCAACCAGCGGCGUUGUCCGGGCAGUUUGUGAGAAGGAGGCUCUUUCCUAAUCUUCAUCUCCGAGGAGUGGUGCGCCACGCAAGUGGACAGUUGCGUUCCUCAACAGGACGGAGGCAUCUUAGUGGGAUUGUACGCUGCACCACCGCAAGCCCAUCACAACCCGCCUUAAGUGAAGCAGUCACAAUGAAGGAAGCUCCCAAGGAGAUUUUCUUGAAGAACUACAAGGCUCCUGCUUUUCUUUUCGAUGAAGUGCACCUUACUUUUAUACUUGGAGAGCAGACAACAACUGUGCUCUCAACCAUCAAAGUCUUACCAAGCUCAAAUGCGGCUAAAGCCCCUUUGACGCUGGAUGGUGAGGAUUUGAAACUCUUGCACAUUAAAAUUGAUGACAGACAGCUUGAGAUCGGAGAAUUUGAGAUAGUGAACCGCAAGCUUGUUUUGACAAGUCCGCCAUCAACUCCGUUCGUCCUAGAGAUAUCAACAGAAAUUCAACCACAAAAUAAUACAUCUCUUGAGGGUCUUUAUAAAUCCACGGGCAUGUUCUGUACUCAAUGCGAAGCUGAAGGUUUCAGGAAAAUAACCUACUACCAGGAUCGGCCCGACGUUAUGGCAAAAUUCACCACAAGGAUUGAGGCAAACAAAGAGCUGUAUCCUGUGUUGCUGUCGAAUGGCAAUCUUAUUGACCAGGGUGGUCUUGAAGAUGGCAGGCACUAUGCUGUCUGGGAGGAUCCAUUUAAGAAGCCUUCCUACCUCUUCGCUCUUGUUGCUGGUCAGUUGGUAUCACGAGAUGAUACAUUCACGACAAUGUCAGGUCGUGAGGUCGUCCUCCGAAUCUAUACUCCUGCAGGUGAUAUUUCCAAGACAGCACAUGCCAUGACAUCUUUGCAGGCGGCGAUGAAGUGGGAUGAGGAUGUGUAUGGGUUGGAAUACGAUUUGGACCUGUUCAACAUCGUGGCAGUUCCCGACUUUAACAUGGGAGCCAUGGAGAACAAGAGCUUAAAUAUUUUCAACUCAAAGCUUGUUCUGGCUUCACCCGAGACUGCAACAGAUUCUGAUUAUGCAUCUAUCGAAGGUGUUAUUGGACAUGAGUAUUUUCACAAUUGGACGGGCAACAGGGUGACCUGUCGAGAUUGGUUUCAGCUGAGUCUCAAGGAAGGUCUGACCGUAUUCAGAGAUCAGGAAUUCUCAUCGGACAUGGGUAGUCGAGCAGUGAAGAGGAUUGCAGAUGUCAUAAGAUUGCGGAUUUCGCAGUUCCCCCAGGACGCUGGGCCAAUGUCUCAUCCAGUUCGUCCGCAUUCGUACAUCAAGAUGGACAAUUUCUACACUGUCACGGUUUAUGAAAAGGGUGCAGAGGUUGUACGAAUGUAUCAGACAUUAUUAGGGAAACAAGGCUUCAGGAAGGGGAUGGACCUAUAUUUCAGCAGACAUGACGGACAAGCCGUUACUUGCGAGGAUUUUUUAUCUGCCAUGUUUGACGCCAACAAUGUGAAGAUUCCAACUUUCCCCUUAUGGUACUCGCAAGCAGGAACGCCUACUCUCACAGUCACUUCAUCAUAUGAUGCUGAAAACCACACUUUCACUCUCAAGUGCAGGCAGAUAGUGCCUCCUACAGCUGGGCAGCCAGAUAAGAAGCCAAUGCUGAUUCCACUAGCAGUUGGCCUUCUCAACUCGAGUGGACAAGAUUUACCCUUGUCACUCGUGUAUGACGGCGAAUCUUCGAUUGAUCUAAAAGUUGACGGGAACCCUGUCAAAACAGCUGUACUGCGAAUUGAAAAGGCUGAGCAUGAAUUUACCUUCAAAGACGUCACCGAGAAACCAGUGCCAUCACUGUUGCGCAACUUCAGUGCGCCUGUGAGACUAAACACGGAUGUCACGGAUGAUGAUCUCUUGUUCUUGCUAGCGCACGACUCGGAUGAGUUUAAUAGGUGGGAAGCAGGUCAAACACUUGGUCGAAAAAUUUUACUGGACUUGAUCUCACGAGUGCAGAGAGGAGAGGAGCUUACUUUGAAUGAAGCUUAUGUCGAAGGACUUCGAUCUGUACUUACAGAUCAAUCUCUGGACAAGGACUUCAUAACCAAAGCCAUCACUCUUCCUGGUGAAAGCGAGCUUAUUGACCUCAUGAAGGUUGCUGACCCGGUAGCUAUUCACACUGCUCGUCGGUUCGUCGUGAGGCAGUUGGCACAAAGCCUUCGAAAAGAGCUUAAGCAAGCGGUGGAGGCGAACAGAUCGUCGGAGGCCUAUGACCCUUCCCACCCGCACCGGGCCCGAAGAUCAUUAAAAAAUAUGGCUUUAGUUUAUCUUGCUUCUUUGGACGAACCAGAGACAACUGAGCUAGCCGUACAGGAGUAUAAGGCUGCAACCAAUAUGACGGACCAGUUUGCAGCUCUGGCUGCUAUAGCCCAGAACUCCGGCAGUGCUCGUACUCAAGCCCUCUCGGACUUUUACGACCAAUGGAAGCAUGAAACCUUGGUGGUGAACAAGUGGCUGGCGUUACAAGCGGCUUCUGAUAUUCCCGGCAAUGUCAGAAACGUGCGAGAUCUGCUGGAUCAUCCUGCAUUUGACAUCUGCAACCCCAAUAAGGUUUAUUCCUUGAUCGGAGGUUUCUUUGCAUCUGUCGUAAACUUUCAUGCCAAAGAUGGUUCUGGAUACGAACUUUUAGGAGAUGUUGUCAUCCAGCUUGACAAGUUGAACCCUCAGGUUGCUUCUAGAAUGGUUUCAGCUUUCUCGAGGUGGCGAAGAUUUGAUGAAGAGAGGCAGGCACUGGCUAAGGAACAAUUGGAGAGAAUCACCAAGUUGGAGGGUCUAUCAGACAACGUGUUCGAAAUUGCGUCAAAAAGUUUAGCCUCUUAAAUAGUGUAAUCAUUACAAGCCCAUAUUUUGAAAGAAUUUAGAUAUCAAGAUAUUUGGUUUUAUUAUUUGGUAUCAAGAUACCAAAUGUGGUCACUUUGCGCGCAAGCUGAACUCUACGGCUGGUAGCACGUGCAUAAAUCAUUAAAUCAUCUCGCCAUAGUGAUCAUCUUAUUCUUUAUCAUCACAAAAGUGACCAAGUUAUUCUCGAAGCCAAGAUUGUGCUGGGCUUAUCUUACAAACUUCACGAAACUGGGCAAUAGCAGAGAACGGUGUUUUCUGCGUUCGUGUUUCUUACACAAUCUGGAAGAUAACUAUAGGGUCUUUCAUUGGAGUGCUUUGUCGUCCAGAUGAGAAUGCAUCCUUUCAACUACUAGUGGAAUAACAGGAAAGGACCCUGAGCUUACUUAGAAAGCAGCUUACGUACCGGUGCGGGCGCUAACUGGAGACCCAAGAACUCUCCGCCGCAUACAUAUUCAUAUCGACUUGACAGACUCGCAAGUACCUGUUAGCGAUGAGUCAACCGAAUAUCAGCAAAGUCAAGUGUAGUCCACUUCAUACCCACAACAAGCGCAGCAGAUAGAUGAUGCGCAGAUGAAGCUCACGGGACGUCCAUGCCGUGAAAUGUACUGACAUGCAAGGCUCAAGACGCAAAUGUGAAGACGUACGUAGGUUACAAAUGGGUAGGACGAUAUCUAGAGACAAGCGAGGAACGAAACCCAAAUGUGAUAGCGCAAGGAAAAUACGAAUAAUGGAACUUGAAUACGGGAGCGGUUUAAGAAAUGAAUGUUGAAGGUUUUCUCCAU